ACUAAGCCCCUUGUUUAUUUCUUAACUCCCACUUCUAUAUCACUCAACUUAUUAUAUUAAUCUCUCAUAUAUAUUCAUAGGAAUCAACACCAUCUUACACAUCAAAACAACUUCACAGUCACAUAUAUUUCAAUAUUCAGAUUCAUACAAAAUAAUCUACAACAUGAGUGCUGCAGCAACAAGAGCUUGGGUAGUAGCAUCAAGCAUAGGAGCAGUUGAAGCCUUAAAGGACCAACUUGGUGUAUGCAGAUGGAACUAUGCUCUAAGAUCACUUCAUCAAUAUACCAAAAACAACAUCAGAUCAUAUACUCAGGCUAAGAAAUUGUCCUCUGCUUCUUCUGCUGCUGUUUCUAAUAAGGUUAAGAGAACCAAGGAAGAGUCUAUGAGGAAAGUUAUGGAUUUGAAUUGUUGGGGUCCUACCACUGCAAGGUUUUAAUUCAUUUCGAAUUUUAAUAUUAUUAUGCUAAUGUAUUGUAAUGUGUUCCAUUAAUUAAACAUUAUGAUGCAUGUUGCUACUUAUGUAUCUAAUUAAUCCUAAAUUUUGUUCGUCGAAUGAUAUUAUGACCAAGAAAAAAGAGAAUUGGGAUCUUUGUUAAAAAAAAUCAUAUUUUAUUGGUUUUUUGUUUCCA